UCUCUCUCUCUCUCUCUCCCACCAUCACCAGCAGCAUUACAGCCUGGAGUAAAGAAAGCGCGACAACAACAAAAGCUUUAUCAUCAUCAGACGGCAUCAAUCAGUGACGGAGUGUGUGGUGGUUUGGUGUGGUGUUCGGUAUAUGGUGUGGUGUAUACUAUAUGGUGUUGUCUAUGGUGUGGUAUGUAUGAAAAGACAUCGAUGCCGUCGUCCCAGACGGUCAGUAGAGUCUGCGCUCAGAUAUUCACUGGAGCAGCCGACACCACCAUGUGUCUUCACUGCACGCUAACAUUUACUAGCAGACUGGCUUUCAUCGUUUUACUUUAUGUAUCUUUACCAAUACUUUUCUAUCCUCUUAAUGUCGAGGCUGUUUUAUCCAGAGAAAAGAUGUUGUUCACUGCUCUGCGAGAUUCCGACUGUGACGUCAACUGUACGAACAUUAGAAGGAAGACGUUGUGUGCAUCCGAUGGUUUAUCUUACCAAACCCGUUGUGAUAUUCAGCGGGCUCUUCAAUGUAAGAACUGGACCGUUGGCACCGAUCACAGGCGGCCCUGCCCAAAUCUGAGAAACCAACAACAGGAUAAUCCGAAUGAUGCUUUAUCAGUCUUUGGGAAAAUGAAAAGACUUCGAAGUAAAAGACGGCGGAAAGGAAAGCGAGGAUGUUCGAAAUCCGAUCGAGAGAUGUUCAAUACCAAUCUCAUCAGUGAGUUUGCAGCCGAAUAUUACCGAGGAUCACCGAGACCCACUCAGGUGACCUCUAUGUCAUCAGGUCAAAAUAAAUCUUCCCAGAAUGCAACACGGAAGCGUAUUGUAGAAUGGAAGUUUUCACAACUGGACCGCAACAAAGACAACGUGUUGAAAUCCGGCGAGGUGAGGUCUCUGAAACGUUUGGUCAAGAAACUGGUGAAGCCCCGACGCUGUGCCAAAAGCUUCAUUGACUACUGUGAUACAGACCAAGACAAGAGAAUUGUCAGCAAAGAGUGGACAUUUUGCUUAGGCCUUAACCACAGCAUGGGUCAAACCCCAACUCUAGAUGGCACAGAAGAGCACACCACCCAAGCAUCACGUGACCACAUCGUGUCAGAAGGUCUUGGUUUCUCUCCCUCCCAUAUAUGGAACCGCCCUUCCAACACACGACGCGAAAAUGCAGAAGCAGCAAAGACGGACAGCAACGAAGAAUACCAUCGCAGUUGUUUAGAAGAGAGAGACGCUGCUAUUAAAAUCAACCGUGAGGAACCGAAUGGUCAGACGUUUGCUCCAGAAUGUACCCCAAACGGUAACUACAAAAAGACCCAGUGUUAUAAUAAUCUGUGUUGGUGUGUGGAAGAAAACACGGGGAAAUCCAUAUAUGCCACAGCAUCCUUUAACAAGUCUGUCAACUGUGAUAUGAAACCAGAUCGGGAAAUGAAAGAUGAUAUUUGCUUUGUUAAUAAGAAAAUAAUGGUAAUCCAGUACAUUUACUGGGAGAAAUUAUUUACCUGA